AUGGAAAAUCAAAAUCAAACACAGGUGAAUGAUGAGCUGGACGUUCUCGGUUUUGGUAGCAAAUCCAAAAGCACUGACGUGCCAUCGAGCGCACAAGUGGCGACAUCCAGACCGGCCCAAGAUGAGUACUACGACACGACCAAUACCAACCGAGGAGUUGCACUAGUCUUCUGCCAUAUGAAUUUCUCAACCAUGGCCAAACGCAAUGGAACCGAUAAAGAUCGGGAUGACAUUUGCAACGUGCUGAAAAAUCUUGAUUUUGAUGUGCGAGUUUUUGAUGACCUUAAUCGCAAAGAGCUCUUGGACAAACUGAAGGAAGUUUCUCGUGAAAAUCAUACCGAAAAUGAUUGUCUUCUGGUAGUUGUAAUGUCCCACGGUGAACAAGGAGUUCUAUACGCAAGCGAUAACAAAUACACCGUGGAAUCACUAUGGAAGAAUUUUGUUGGCGAUGCAUGCCCUUCACUGAUCGGGAAGCCCAAGCUUUUCUUCAUUCAAGCUUGUCGCGGCGAACAGUUCGAUGCGGGCGUUUCCUUCCGAUCCGUCUCGAAGGACGUGGUUGAUUCGAUAAAUGAACCGGUAACAUAUUCGAUACCGGCGAUGGCCGAUUUACUGGUGAUGUACUCCACGUACGACGGGUUCUACUCGUGGAGAAACCCUCGGCAAGGUUCGUGGUUUGUUCAAUCCCUGUGCAAGGAGCUGACGGAGAACGGGAAGGUGCGCGAUCUGCUGACCCUGCUGACCGGUGUUACGAGAAGAACUGCUUAUGAGUUUCAAUCGUUUGUACCGUACGACAAACAGAUGGAUCGCAAGAAGCAGGUUCCAUGCCUGGUCUCGAUGCUUACGAAAACGUUCUAUUUCACUAAAAAGACUAAAAGUAGAGUUGUCACAACUAUCAACUGA